CAUAUGGUCAUUGUAUUUUGAAAGCUUCUCAUUGUGCUGUUAGAAAUGUUUAUAGGUAGUGGCAUGUGCCUUCAGUGUGGGUUGCAAAUGUACCCAAACUGGAAACUGAUGUUAGUAUUUGUUUAAGGGACUACUUUUAUUGUGGGGCGGGUGCUGAUAAUUUAGAUGCAUAUGGAAUUUAUUGAAGAAUGGCUGGGAUGUAGUACAGGCACUCUUUUCUAUGGGAAUUCAUACUUCCAUGUUAACAGUACUAUAGUAGUAACUCCAGUGAAUGGUGAUUUCAAGAUAUAAGCAGAAGGUCAUAGAUUCAAGGGAUGAUAGGUAAAUUGCCAUGCCAUCCAUUAACUUAAAGGAAGUAGUUAAACAUAAAGAACCCCAAAAAGAACCAAUGAAGGAACAUAUAAAGUCAGAAUCCCAUAAAGAAGUAGAGAAAAAGAAGGAUGAAUCUCAUGGAAAAGGACACCAUAUUGCAGCAUUAAAAGACAGACUGGGAGACCAUGCAAUACAUGCAGGAGCACCACAGCCAAAGGCCUUUGCAGAAAUGAGGAGAAAAAGCACCAAUAAUAGAAAACUCCGUGCCAAAGCAACAUUCAGUUAUACCCCUGAGAAUGAUGAUGAACUCAAGCUAGAGGCAGGGGACAUCGUAGAAGUUUUAAAAGAGGAAGAGGAAGGCUGGUGGCAGGGAACUGUAAAUGGCAAAAAUGGAGUAUUUCCCUCCAACUUUGUAGAACUUUUAGAUGGUGGCAAGAUCGAGGAUCUUAAGGCAGUUGCAGAUCAUGAAGAUGAAAAAUCUAGUGAAUCAGCAAAUGAUACCACUGCUAUGUCAGAAGAUAAGCCUGCUGAGGAGCCCCCUCCAGAGAUCACAGGCAAGAAGGUGAAAGGUGUAGGUCUUGGGAACAUAUUCAGUGGUGGUCCCAUUAAAUUGCGGUCUACGGGGGCUCUGGGGAAGAAGCCUGCAGAACUCCCUAAAGAACCAGCCAAAGAAAUCCCCAUGGAACCUCUUAAAGAGCACCAUGCAGUUUCUAAGAAGAAUAGUCACAAUGAUGAUCACAGGAGCUCAAUACGUAACAAGGCACCACCUCCUGUGCCUCACGAGAGACCGCCCUCGCUGCCCCCACGGGAUGUUAAGCCAAUUGAACGUGCCCGUGUCCUCUACUCGUACUCCGCAGAGAACGAUGAUGAGCUGAACUUGGCAGAGGGAGAUGUGAUCACCAUAUUGGAUAAGGAACUGGAAGAUGGUGGCUGGUGGAAGGGGGAAUUGGAUGGAAAGAUAGGGGUGUUUCCUGACAACUUUGUUGAACUAUUACCGCCAGAAGAGGUACUGUCUCAACCAAAAGUUGCUGCACGCAAUGCUGAACCACACUCUGCGCCUAAACCCAGAAAGCCACCUCCGCCUAUGCCAGCUGUCCCAGCCGUGCCUGCUCCACAAACAAAACCUUUGAAAGAAGUCAACCAACAUCAUCACCAUCAUAUUAAACCUCCAGAAAAACCACCACCACCCGAAGUUACCAAGCCAGAAACCAAAUUUAAAAAGGCAGAUAAUGAGAAACCAGCCCCAGCUCUGCCUGCCAAGAAGCCUCUUCCUCCCCCUAUUGGUAAGAAACCAGUGCCUGCCAAGCCUACAGACCUACCCAAGCCAAAACCAGUAGAGACUAAAGUCAAUGAGGGCAAGGAUACUGUUGACAGUAAGACCUCUGUCAACAAUAAACCAGAUGUCAAUCAUCUUGAUACCAUAGAAACCACAGAAACUUUGUCUCAUCUGACUGUGAAUCGGCCAAAGAAUGCCAGCAAAAGGCCACCAUCUUCUGCAAUUCUUCAUAAAGACACAGAGUUGGUGGAGCCUCUUGAACCCUCGUGGGUGAAGGAGGUGAAGCGUGCCUCCAUCAGGGACACUAGUGAUGGCACCACACAUGUACAACAUGAAUCACACCGUAAACUACAUCACCAUCAUAAGGAGCCUGAAAAGUUUCCUGAAAAAGCACUGCCCCAUGUAAAGAGACCACCACCACCAACAGUAAAACAUCAAGACGAAGAGAAAGAAAAAGAAGUGACCAGUCCGAGGAGCAGCACAGACGAUGCCAAGUUAAUUCAGGAACUGCGCCAAGAGAUGAAAGAAAUGAAAGAAUCCACUGUCAGUAUUGAAAAGUACAAUGAUUUAAAGAAAGAUUUAAAUGAACUGAAAGCUCAAUUCAUGGAAUUCCGUAACACUUCCAAUAAGAGGAUCCUAGAUCUUAUGAAUGAAGUAGAUGAAGAAAAGAAAAUCAGACUCAAUACUCAGGUGGAGAUAGAAAGAAUUAAAAAGCUGGUAACAUGAUGAAAAUGCAGGAGGCAUGUCAGUUGUACUGUAGAUGAAUACCUCAACAAUGUAGAAAAAUUACUUUUGCUUUGUCAUGCUAUCAGGAAGUUGUUUUUCAAUUUCUUUUAUUUUGCAAAUUGCAAAAUGAAAAAUCUUUCUCUAUGAGGUUUUUCUCCAGAGUUAAAAAAAUAUGCAUUGUGUAGGCCAUGAUACUUUAUAAGCAUCCCAUUUUUGAUUGGCAAAAAAGUAUGUUACAGUAAGAGAGAUAGCACAUGAUGUAACAUAUGAAGUUGAUACUGCUGCAUUCCUAUUACAUGAGUGAACAAAAGGAAGCCACUUGUAACAUAUGAAUCCUGCAGAAAUGAUGUUCAAAAUGUAAUGUACAUUGCCUCAUAACAUGCCAAUGUUGUAUCCACUGCCCUCUUUGCAUUAUUAUUCAUCUGAGAGAGGUCCCCUGGUUGGCUGUAGCAUGUGUUUGGCCCAGACAUUCAGUGCUAGAACUAUUGCAUUCCAUUUUUACAUGUGACUUCAGAGACUGUAAGAAUUUUAAAAUGCAAAUGAUAGAACUUUUGAAUGUUUAUAUGUCUUAUUCUUUAAUCUUAUAUAGAAUUGAGUUAAAAUUUUGUAUAUUUCUCUUGCUCAUCAUAUGCACUCUGCAUCACUUAUGCAAUAUUUUAGAGUAGUAUGGUCUUCCUGCUGUCAAUAGGGCAAGACUGGAAUAAAACUGUAAAAUUUAACUUAAGUAUUAUAUUACAAUAUUUUUAAUGGCAGAUAAACCCAGUUGACUGAUCAAAGCCCAUAUUUAGAAACUAACCAAUUAUAUCAGCAAUGUAUUCAAAGAAACCCUGAAUGUAUCACAAUCUUAAAGUAUAAUUAUAUUUGUAUAUUUUGACUAUGUAAGUAUUAUUUAGUCAUUUCAGUCACAGGCCUGGUUCUUUUUUUUUUAAGACUGGGAUAUGUUAUUUUUAAAAUCUUAUUUAUAUAUUUGUGGUGAGGAUAAUUUUUGGUACGUCCCUUAUCAAUGACUGGUGUAUUUCUACUAAAACAUUCAGUAGUGAAUUGUGUCAGUUGUCCUUGGUAAUGUCCCAUCAGCUUUUGGGUCUUUAUUGUAAAUGAGUGUCAGAGCUGGUGUCAGUGAUUGUUAAAUAUAUUAAUUACUUAUUUAGUUAUUUUAUUGCGUAAUAACUGCCAGGUUAUUUGACUUCUUUAAAACACAUUUGCAUUAUGACCUUGUACAUUUUUAUUUCUUCUUGAGAAAUUGGUGCUGAAAUGUGGUCUCUAUGGUGGCUUGCUGUAACAUAGAGCUUCUGCCAGAUGAACAACAAGGACAAAAUAUAUACCUGUGUUUUUGUAAUUAACUGCAUGAGUCUGAUAUCCUAGUAAGCCAUAGUAGAAUUUCAACUCUGCAUGUAACUUGGUACAUGUAACAUAGUGUUCUUUGCAAAGACUUCAAAUUAUUUUCACAAUGUACAGUGUACUAAGAGCAAACAACAGUUUCAGUGUAAAUGAACAUUGAGCAUUUAAUCAUAUUUUAUAGGAUAUUUUGCUUUAUUUGUAUUUUGGUAUAAUUCCCCAAGAUUAAUUGAAUCCUCCAGAACACUUGCAGAGUUGGAUGACUUUGCUUGCAGCUAUGUUCAGCUUAUAGCUGUGUCUGCAGAUAUCAUUCAUAGUGGAAAAAUAUUGCAAAAAAAGUUUGAAAUAAAACUUUGUUGAUUUA